UUCAGAUUCAGUCACUCGCGAUCACUCGAACGAAUCGGUUAUCCGGCAGCAGGCGAAAAGGCAAAGGUGUUGUGAGGUGUUCUGCGGUGUUUUGUGUUGUUUCGAGUUGUUUUGAGCUGUUUUGAGGCGAGAACUCCGCUGGCAGAGGCGAGUGCAACUGCAAAUGCAAAGUGCAUGUGCAGCGGUCAGUACUCGCAUUCGCAUUCGCUAUUCUUGCUGCCAAAAGCCAGCUUGCUUGGCUCUUAUUUUGUUUUGGUUUUGAUUUUGAAUUUGAAUUUGAAUUUGAUUUUGAUAUUGAAGUUGGUUUUGAGUCUGCGCGACUGGGAGUUCUGUGUGCGCGUUGCAUUUUCAAUAAACGCGUUUGCUUUUGGCUCUUGGCACGCUGCGUGGGCGCCAAUUCGUGUGACUGUGUCUCGUGUGUGCAUUAGCUAAUGUGUUUGUAUUGCUAAUUAAAUCGGCAGCAAAGGCAACCGCAAAGUGGCAGCAGCAAGUAAAGAGCAACGAAUACCAGGCAACAAGAACCCAAACCCCCGACAAAAAGCGAAACAAAGUGCAUUUGAUAAGUACGAUAAACGAAAUCCAUUCCAUUCCCGAUCCAAACCCGAUCUACCCGAUCUGCGCACCGAAUUGGAUCGACAGCAGGUGUUUUCCCCACCGCAUUUCCCAUGAUUCAGAGCACGAGGAGCGUUCGGCAUGACGUGAACUGCUUAGAUAUUCCAUGCGAGAACCGAAACCAUUGCAACUAGCCGCCCCAAUCGAUCGUCUCGCCCCGAUUCGAUCCGAUUGCCCCCGAAAAGCGUCCGCUCUGGGGACGUGAUCAGCCCCGAGAAGAGGAGCCCCCAGAAAGUAGAACCAAAUCCAAACCAAAAACCCGCCACCACGAUGGACUCACGCAUCGGCCUGGACUACAUUGUCGAGAAUCGUGACUACAUUGCCAAGCUGGGCGCUGCCCUGGACACGCAGAAUGCCACGGUCAAGAAGCAGGUCUUCGAGCUGCUCUCGGCGCUGUGCGCCUACAGCCCCGAUGGCUACGCGCGUGCCAUCGAGACCCUAGAAUUUUACAAGAAUCUCAAGAAGCAGCGAUACCGCUUCAAGAUUGUCAUCAACGAACUGGAGCUGUCGAGUGCCGUCGCCCAACCGCCCCUGGACUACCAGGCCGCCCUGCUGGCCUUCAUCAACUGCGUCAUCAUUUCGGCGGCCACUUUACAGGAGCGGAUUCGCAUUCGCAACGAAUUUAUAGGUCUCAAAGUUUUGCCGCUGCUGAAUAACCUAAGAAAAGUCGCACAAAGUGUGGGCGAUAUCAUCGUACAAUUGGACGUAUUCGUGGAGCAGCAGGAAUGCGACGAGGCCCAGAGCCUUCAGGCGCCCGAUGGCAUCAAUCUCAACUCGCAUCUUGAUGUCUUCUACGCGAUUCUGCGACAGGUGGCUGACACGCCGCAGGAAGUGCCAUUCCUCAACAUUCUGCAGCACCUGCUGCGCAUCGACCCCAAGGAGCCGCUCAGCGACAUCAUCUGGGACACCACAGAGCGGCUGGUCCACCGCGCCACGCUUCUCGAGAGCCACGAGGAUUCGGUGCGCCUGCUGCGCACGCCCAGUAGCCAGAAGUUCGCCUGCCAGAGUUGCCGCGGCAGCGAUGCCAGCAGCCCCACCCGUAAGCCUUCCCAGGCGGCGGGCGUGGCAGCUAAGACGACAGCUCCAACGCCUCCGCCACCCCCACCCCCGGCGCCCAUGGCCCCUGCUGCACCACCGCCCCCGCCUCCGCCGAUAAACGGCCGAGCACCGCCUCCCCCGCCACCGCCCAUGAUCAAUGGUGGCGCCCUGCCCCCUCCACCGCCUCCGCCCUCGAUGCAAAUGGCAUCACGUCCCAGGACACCGGAUCCUUUGGCCGCGGAGUCCGCGGUGGCCACUGCCAUAUUGCUGCCCCAACAGGACACACCCGCCCCCAAGGCCAAGAUGAAGACCAUCAACUGGGGCAAGAUUCCGCACAACAAGGUCCUGGGCAAGCAGAACAUCUGGAGCAUCGUGGCCAGCAACCACCAGGACAGCCCGAUGCAGGACAUCGACUGGAACGAGAUGGAGGGACUCUUCUGCCUGCAAACCGCCAGUGCCCAGGGAUCACCGAAGCUGGGACGGGAUGGCAACCAAGCCUCUUCCGGUUCCAAUGGAUGCGAUACCCUCGAUCGCAAGGCGAAGAAGGAGAGCACGGAGAUAACGCUGCUGGACGGGAAGAGGAGUCUGAAUGUCAACAUUUUCCUGAAGCAAUUCCGCACCAGCAACAAUGACAUCAUCCAGUUGAUAAGGCAGGGCGCCCACGAGGAUAUCGGGGCGGAGAGACUGAGGGGUCUGCUGAAGAUAAUGCCCGAGGUGGAUGAGCUGGACAUGCUCAAGGGUUUCAACGGCGACAAGGGACGACUGGGCAAUGCCGAGAAGUUCCUGCUUCAACUGCUCGAGGUUCCAAACUACAAAUUGCGCAUCGAGAGCAUGUUGCUCAAGGAGGAAUUCGCAGCGAAUGUGGCCUAUCUGGAGCCCUGUAUAAAUGCCAUGCUCUACGCUGGCGACGAUCUGCUCAACAACAAGACCCUCCAAGAGGUCCUCUAUAUGGUCGUUGUGGCUGGCAACUUCCUCAACUCCGGCGGAUAUGCGGGCAAUGCGGCGGGCGUGAAGCUGUCUUCACUGCAAAAACUCACAGACAUCCGGGCGAAUAAGCCAGGAAUGAACCUCAUACACUUUGUGGCCCUUCAGGCGGAAAAACGCAAUCCCGAGUUGCUGCAAUUCACGGCUCAACUGAGCACCCUUGAAAGUGCCAGCAAGACAACUUCAGAGCAGAUCAACAAUGAAAUUAAUACACUCGAUGGCAGGAUCAGGAGAAUAGCCAGGCAGAUCGAGCAGCCUGCCACGGAUGUGGACAUCAAGGAGCAAAUGGCCGACUUCCUGCAGGCCGCCGAAUCCGAGUUAGCUGUCCUGCAGGCGGGAAUGAAACAGGUGGAGUCCCUGCGCCUCAAGUUGUCCGAGUUCUUCUGCGACGACGCGGCCACCUUCCGACUGGAGGAGUGCUUCAAGAUCUUCCAGAAUUUCUGUGAUAAGUUCAAGCAGGCGGUCAAGGAGAACGAACGCCGCCAACAGCAGGAGCAGCAGGCCACUUUGAGGAGGAAACAGCGCGAGGAGCAGCUGGCCCGCAGAGCCAGGCAGAUUGGUCAGGCUGGAACGCCCGUGUCCGAUUCGGAGCACUCCUUCCUGGGUGAUGCCCUCUUCGAUCCGCGGGCCAGUCCCGCCCUGAGUCGCAGGCACUUGGGAUCCGGAGAGAUCAGCAAUGGUUUCAUCCGCCUGGAACAGGACGGUGCCUCUCCGGACAUCACCCCCAACGGCAGUCUGAGGCGCCGGCGCAGUCGAGUCCUGGCCGAGGAGGAUGACCUCAUGGAGUUCCUGCGUAGCUCGACCGGUCCCCACGAUGGACACAACAGUCGAGAGCGAAAGGCGGCCUACGGCAGCUUGGAUCGCUCUUGGGCGCGACGCGCUCGUUCAGGAAGUUCCAGCCGGAAGCGACCUGAUUUGCUCAACAUUGACUUUGGCCUGGAUCGCGAGCGGGCCAGUUCACCGGCUCCUCUUCUUCAGCAGCAGGCACAGGAGCGCCUCCAAUCUCCGUUGGCCAGUGCAGCCGGCACGCCCACAACGGCAGCGAAUACGCCCACGGGCAGUGGAUUGGCGAUUGCGCAGACGCAGCCCGUCAACGAGGAUGCGAAACCAAGAAUAUCCCGUGAGUGGCGCCAGAAGAUCGAGACCUGGUUGCAAUCCAACGAGAGCGACGAGAAGCAGAACGAGGAGUACAGGCGCAAGCGUCGUCUGGUCAACGCCAAUCGGCGAUCGCUCGAAAACGAAACUGAAAACGAACGAAAACUGGACCCCUUGCCGGAGGAGAAGAUCCUGCCUUCGACGACGACGGCUACGCCAACGAACACGCCCACGACCACUAAUCCCACUAACUCCCAUAACAGGCCGGAUCAGGAUUCCGGGAGGUACCAGCGCGUCUACGCCGACUGGAAGCCCUCGAAGACGCUCGAGCAGACGGACGUGGUGGCCAACCUGCAGGCCAUCGCCGAUGCCCAGCCCCAGGAUGCACUGCGUCAGUACCGCCGCCAGCGGUCGCAGGAUCCGCCGGGUCCCAUAGCACUCCAGUCGAUAGCCGAAGAGGAUCGCCGCAAGUCGCUGAUCCAGAAACUGGGCGAAAGAGACAUGAGCAACGAGAGGUUGCAGAUCUAUAUUAGAAGAUCUUCCAGCAGGGAUCUGCAGCCGGCGAAAGCGGAGGAGCAAGUACUGCCACCCAAGUCACCAAAGCCCCAGGUGUCGGAUGACACCUUCGCCAGCCUACUGAGCCACCAUAAGAGCCAGAACGAGAUGCAGGCUUCCUCGAAAGAUGUGGAUGCAGAUAAUAUAGAGACGCCGCCGGUGAGCCGACGUGUGAUAGCCACGCCCACCACCACAGUGGUCACGGUGAGCAUGACGGACAAGCCCAAGGUGGCGACGGAGGAGAAGAUUAGCUCAGCAGAGCAGGAUGCCCCUGGUCACUUUGAUCGCCAUGCCCUGGCCCGCCGCACACGUCGGUAUAAGAGACCCACGGACUACAGCAGUGGCAAUGAGGAGCUGCUGACCACCAGCACACCGGAGACGAAGCCAUCUCCCUCAAAGCCAGAGCAACCUACACCGGAGAAGUCCAAGCAAAAGGAGCGCACGAUCAACAAGCUGGAGAAGGUGGGUCGCCACAUAAGCUCCAUCAACCAGGAGGACGUAAGGGAGGCCAUCCGGAAUCUCAAAUCGCCUACGGGAACACCCGAGCGACCUUGGAGUCCACCGCGGGAGAUCACGCCCUCCAAGCUAAAGCUCACCGCCAGCGGUCACCACGAGCUGAACGACGAGGGCUUCGAGGAGACCCAGAGUCUGGUAUCCGACACUCCGUCCCAUGGAAAGGGUGAGAGCACCAACUCCUCCUGCAACGAGGGAGUCAACGAAACUCCAGCCCGCCAGCGUCCUCUGCAGAAGCAGAAGCCCACGACCACCAGCAUCACCCAGAUGGGAAGUCGCCUGGCCGAUCGCCUGCAGCAGGCCAGGUUAAAGGGCUCCGGGUCCCCGGGAUCGACAGCCAGCAAGUCACAAAACCAAAUCCCUGCCAACCAAACGGCAACGGUCAAGAGGAGUCUCUCCGCCAGCAGACCGCUGCGCAUGCCCAAUGGUCAGCCGCUAGCUAGUGCGGCGCCGCUGAGAUCCGCAUCCGCAGUACGACGCUCGCCGCAGGAGCAACAGGUCCUCGCUGGGGUGGAACGCAGCAGUUCGAGGAACAGUCUACGCUCCUCGCGAUCAUCCAUCAACAGUGGAGCCUCCACGCAGACGGUGGUGAGACGCCUUCCUGCCGUCCAGCGAACGGGAGCCACUGUGUCAGUGGACUCCUCGCCCAGCAAGAGACCCCUGGCUGCCCAGAAUCUGCGACCUACGCCAGGACGUGGAGUGCCAGCCAGCAGGAGCAGCAGUAGCGGCUCCAGCGUGGGACCCAGUGUGAUCCUGGUUCGCAGCAAGAUGUCCAACACCGCUUCAAGGUCGAACAUAAAUGGCAGCACCAGCUUCAAGGAGAAUCAGUCCCAGUCCCAACCACAGUCCCAGUCCCAAUCCCGGAUGAGCGCCGCUCGCAGCGUGGUGCUGGUGAAGAAUGCCUUGAACCAGCAGCAGCAGGCCAGGAUGAAUGCCACCUCGAGUCCUCAGCAAAGGAGCAGUAGCAGCAGUCGAUCCGUCAGCAGUUUUAUGCGACCCACGGCCAGCAGUGCCACCAAGCGCCAGAAGUAGGGGGCACAGGGUUCAGUCCAGACCUCGUCCAAGUUAACGUCCCUAGUUUACACAUGUUACAAACGCGAAUGCAUCCAACUCCAAGCCGUCCAUGCGACAAUUUCGAAUUUCUAUGCAGGAUCUAAAACACAAAUCAACACUCAUAAAUGUUACAGUUGAAAUAUUUUGAGAAAUUAUAUAUACAAAUCUAAAGAAUUCCCUGCACAUUCCAACUGAAGGUCCGCGAAUCCCUAAUACAAAAGACACAAAACUUUCAAACUCUUAAAUAUAUUUGAGCACAAAAAAAAGACAAAAAUACUAGCAUGUACUACUCAACUAAAACUUAGGAUAAGCAUAAAAAAUGUUAAACUCGUAUUUUCCAUAUUUAACAUAUAGUUGUAGGCAUUAUUCGAUUAUACGAUCACGUUAGGAGACUUUUUAUAGAAGCGCGUUGUUUACAAAGUGUGUAGUUGAAGAAACCAAAACGACAAUUACAAAUCUUUAAAAAUAAAAGAACAUAAGCUUUAA